AUGAAAAAUAGAGAUAAUCUCUAAUAAAUUGAUGAUGAAUUACAUGAACUCUAUACUUGGGUUGAUACUGUUCCAUUUUCUAGACCAAAAAAAUAGAUUGCUAAAGAUUUUGAAGAUGGAAUUCUUAUGGCAGAAGUUAUUCAUCAUUUUCUACCAAAAAAAGUCGAUUUAUAGAAUUAUAGCUUAGCUAAUACAUAUUAAUCUAAAUUAUAAAAUUGGAAUACUCUUAAUACAAAAGUAAUAACCUCUAAUUCAAUUUAGAAAAGGUUUUUUAGAAUCUGGGCUUUUAAUUGACAUAAAAUGAUAUAGAACAAAUUAUAUAAGCAAAAAAUGGAGCCAUAGAAAAUGUUUUAAUGAUUUUGAAAUCAAAGAUAAUGAACUAUUAAGAUAAUGAAACUGUUGAACCAUAGAAAUCAUCAGCCACUAACAUAUCUAUAAAUAACAAUCAAUCCACAAUUCAAGAUUUGGAAUAAAAAAUAGCAGAUUAAUAAGAUAUUAUAGCCAUUCUAGAACUAAAAAUUAACAAACUUUAGUAAUUAGUUAAGCUCAAAGAUAAUAAAAUAUAGGCAUUCUCAUCAAAAAUUUAAUAAUUAGGUUUUAAGUUUUGA